ACGACUCCGUGCUCCCGAGCAGCGGCUGUCUCCUCCUCCUCCGCAGCCCUGGCUCCCCCGGCUCCAGGCCCGAGGAAAUCCGGUGAAGGAAUACAGAAGAGGAAGGCGCCGGUUGCUUUGUACUGAAGGAAAAGUAGCGCGGCGCUCCAGCUUCCAUCUGCUGGAGAAGUGCACUCACCCAUCCUUGGGGGGGCUUGCAAGAGGACUGCGCACCAGAACGGCUUUCUGCCAGGCCCCGGGGCUGCGCUUUCCAUGCUCGAGCAGCCACCCCUUCUAGCUUAUGCAAAUUUCUGAUCUCUGAAGCAUCACAACAGCUUCUGCAUGGUUCUGAUAAUUAAAGAGGUUUGGAGGUUGCUAUGUUAAAGCUGCUUGUCCUUGGAUUAUUGCUUCAUGGUGUUUCACUGAGUUGCCAAGAUGAGGCUUCUCCCAAGGCUGAUGGCAUUCCAGGCGAACCUCUGUUUAACUAUGCCAGUAUCCGCUUGCCCAAGGAGCACAUUCCCUUCUUUUUGCACAAUAACAGGCAUAUCGCCACGGUCUGUAAGAAAGACUCACAUUGUCCUUAUAAGAAACACUUAGAGAAUCUAAAAUACUGCUGGGGUUAUGAGAAAUCCUGCAAACCAGAGUUCAGAUUUGGUUACCCUGUCUGCACCUACGUCGACAUGGGAUGGACAGAUACCCUUGAAUCCGCCCAGGACAUAUUCUGGAAACAAGCUGACUUUGGAUAUGCGGGAGAGCGUCUGGAGGAACUGCAUGUGCUCUGCCAGCCUAAGGAAACGCAUGACUCAAGCCUGGUGUGUUCCCGUUAUCUUCAGUACUGCAGAGCAUCCAAUCUCUAUGUUGAUUUAAGAAACAUCAAGAGAAACCAUGACAGAUUUAAGGAAGAUUUUCUCCAGAGUGGUGAAAUCGGAGGACACUGCACACUGGACACUCGGACAUUGAUGUCUCAAGGUCAGCGCAAAAGCCCUCUGCAGUCUUGGUUUGCUGAGCUGCAAAGCUAUACUCAGCUCAACUUCAGACCUCUAGAAGAUGCUAAAUGUGACGUUGUUAUUGAAAAACCAACCUACUUCAUGAAACUGGAUGCAGGUGUUAACAUGUAUCACCACUUCUGUGACUUUAUCAAUCUUUAUAUUACACAGCACGUUAAUAAUUCAUUCGGCACAGAUGUAUACAUCGUGAUGUGGGACACAAGCUCCUAUGGAUAUGGUGACCUGUUCUCUGACACCUGGAAAGCCUUUACUGAUUAUGAUGUUAUACAUUUGAAAACUUAUGAUUCCAAAAGGGUAUGUUUUAAAGAAGCUGUUUUUUCCUUACUCCCCCGGAUGCGAUACGGGCUGUUCUAUAAUACCCCUUUGAUAUCUGGCUGCCAAAACACGGGAUUAUUCAGGGCAUUUUCCCAGCAUGUGCUACACAGACUGAACAUCACACAGGAGGGACCCAAGGACGGAAAAAUCCGAGUCACCAUUCUUGCACGGAGUACAGAGUACCGGAAAAUACUAAACCAAAAUGAGCUGGUAAACGCACUGAAAACGGUAUCUACACUUGAGGUUCAGAUUGUCGAUUACAAAUAUAAGGAACUUGGGUUUUUGGAUCAGCUGAGGAUCACUCAUAACACAGACAUAUUUAUUGGAAUGCAUGGAGCUGGUCUUACCCAUUUACUUUUCCUUCCAGACUGGGCUGCUGUAUUUGAACUGUACAACUGUGAAGAUGAGCGCUGUUACUUAGACCUGGCCAGGCUGAGAGGCAUCCACUACAUCACUUGGCGAAGGCAGAACAAAGUCUUUCCUCAGGAUAAGGGCCACCACCCAACUCUGGGGGAACAUCCAAAAUUUACCAACUAUUCUUUCGAUGUAGAAGAAUUCAUGUACCUUGUCCUUCAGGCUGCAGACCACGUAUUACAACACCCAAAGUGGCCAUUUAAGAAAAAACGUGAUGAGCUAUAAAUGUGCUGAAUCUGUUUGCAAAAUCUGUUUGUUUAAACAUUCCACCACCCAGACUCACAGUUAAGUCAGUAAAACACCUUGUUAUUUCCUAGCCCCAAAUUACCUUUUCUAUACCAAAACAUGCCUUCAGGAUAGUACUUAAGUGUUGUAGAGUCUUUAACUGUUUCCUGGGAUUUUUGUGUCAUAGCUAUUUAUCAAGAUACUGUUUUUGCACUGAAAACUUUACUCUUUAUAAAUAAGGCUGUAUUAGGCUGAUUAGUACAUUUGAGCUUCUUAGGUUUACCAAAGUUUUCACCUUUCUUGGCUUUAGAAUUUGUAAAUGUUUUUGUAGAAUAACACGGGAUUAUAAUUCUAGAGGCUUCUAACUUGUUUGUGUUAUAUUUGAGUAAAUUCACAGAAACUUUUUUAUUUGCCAAAAUCUGUUCAUAACACUGUGGUAGGAAAGGAAAACAUACAACACACACACACACACACACAGAGUGGUGUGAUUCUCAGUACCAAGCUAUAGGUAGCCUACUCCAUGUUAGAGAUCAGUGUUUAUAAACAGGUCUGUUUUACCCUCUCAGAGUCCAGACAUACUCCCACAGAAUUCUCUGCUGUAUCUGCUAAGUGAACUCCAGGUUAUAUGCACCAGUAAUUUGUAUAAACCAUGCUGCUACAUUAAUUUAUAUUAACAGAUUGCAUAUGCAAAUCAUGUUUUUCCCAAAACGUAAACUACAUAUGAUAAAAACAAAUUAGAACAUCCCUUAGGACGUCUUUGGAUACCUUCUAGCUGGUUUCCACUAAUUCCUUCUUAGCCCUGGAGAGCAUUUAUGUUGAAUUUAUGUAUCAAAGGGUCGUUUCCAGUGUGCACGGACCUGUGACGGCAUACCCCUAUGUGUGUGCAUCUACCUCUUUUAGCAUGGAUGUAUUCCCCUUUGAGUUCGCAGGCUUCACGGUAGCUACAUGAAGAGCGUUUUUCCCUAUCAAAAAUGAAGACCAAAAAAAAAUAAAUAAAUAAAAAAUAAAGACACAUGCGAAUUAUCCAUUUCAAAAUGAAAAAGAAGCCAUGAGAAAGUACCAUUGAUUAAAAAGAAUAUCUGAAAUGCAGACCCACUCUUUGGGAUUCAUUUCUCACUGUUGAUGAACUUUCAAUUCAGGGGUCAGAAACCAUGGAUUUCAUUUACCACAAAAUGUGAAGUUUACAUUUUAUUAACACUUGAGAAAUCUAAUUUACAGAUGAAUGACUUCUAUUUUUUCAAGUAGAGGAUUAGCAGAGCUGAGAAUUUUUUUAAAAAACAUUUUAGCAUUGUAAAAAAAAGAGAGAGAGAGAGUAUGUAACAGAGAAGUAACCUGAGAAACCUAAAAUAUUUGUUUUUUGGACCUUUACGGAACAAGUUGGCUGACCCCUGCUUUCAAGGAUUAUGAACAGUCUUCUAGAGUUUAGGGAUAUUUAUUAAAAUCUCUGUAAAGAAAGUAAUGCAUCAUAGCUUUGAUUCGCGUGUUAAAUUGUGUAAAAAGAAUUAGAACCUAUGAAUUUUGCAAUGAGUGGUGUGGCUGCUCUUUGUGUAGAAUAGUGAGUCACCACUGGGAAAAGAUUUCACUUGAAAAGCAACGUAAAAGCAGCAUUGCACUUGAUCAGAGAGGUAUGAACAUCCGAAAAAAGUGUCAGUGUCUAUAGUCAUAUAAGAAGUAUGUAGAAAUGCGAUUCUAUAGCCUAGCAAGAAGUCUAGAAACUGAGAACAGUUGCAUAAUACAACUAUUGUAUUUGAAUAUUUUGCAUUUAUAGAAAGAAUGCUUUUUAUGUAAAUGAGUACAUUUGACACUUUAUGGAAUUAACUUUUAUCAGACUUUUUAUAUGGGAGCAAAAGAUCUUUAAAUGGUUAUAAAAUUUAAAUG